AAACAAUUCACAAACUUGCAAUGGCAUUCAGUAAAUGAUUUUAACUAAAAACCCAUGUUAUGCUCAGUCUCUAUAUUACAAAAUUCUCAUACUAAAGGAUACAGAAAUGGAUUCAGAAAUACGUUUGAUGCCAUUACAUUCAACAUAUCUACAACGGCAUAUAUUUCUUGCUUUCAUUACAUUGUUGCAGUUCACCCAAACUCUCACCCAUGACACAUUCUCAGCUUCAUUUGGCAGAAAUGAGACAGAUCAUCUUGCCUUACUAGCCUUCAAGUCAAGUAUAACACUUGAUCCCGAAGGCUUACUGAGCUCAUGGAACAAUUCUUUUGAUUUCUGCGAAUGGGAAGGUGUUAUAUGUGGCCACCGGCACAGAAGAGUCACCGUCUUAAAUCUAGCUUCCAGAGGCCUAGUCGGUUCUCUAUCACCUUACAUGGGAAACCUGAGCUUCCUCAUGGAGAUCAGACUCAGCAACAACAUUUUUAAAGGCGAAAUUCCACCUCAAAUUGGUCAUCUGAAAAUGCUGAAAAGACUACACCUUUAUAAUAACUCCACUGAAGGAGAAAUUCCAGUCAAUCUUUCCCGCUGCUCGAACCUCGAUUACCUUCAUCUAGGUUUGAACAUGCUUGUGGGGAAAAUUCCAGAGGAGCUUAAUUUGUUGUCGAAGCUCACUUUUCUUGCCAUUCAAGGGAACAAUUUAACAGGGACAAUCCCUCAUUCUCUUGGGAAUAUUACCUCUCUGGAGCUUAUAUCUGCUGCUGGAAAUCUUUUGGUGGGGACUAUACCGGUUUCCUUGAGUCAACUGAAAAACUUAACAGCCCUUGGAUUUGGUGACAACAAACUUUCUGGUACGAUCCCACCAUCCAUUUAUAACCUUUCAUCACUCACUAUUUUAUCUUUUCCUCAAAAUCAACUUCACGGUAGUCUCCCACCGGGCUUAGGCUUUCUGCUUCCUCAACUUCAAUACCUUCAACUAGCAGAUAACCAAUUUGCUGGACCACUUCCAGUCUCGUUGUCAAACAUGUCAGCACUUCAAUGGAUUGAUAUCCAUAACAACAGAUUCAAUGGAAAAAUAUCUAUUGAUUUUGCAGGCCUACAGACUCUGAUUCUUUUAGCUCUAUGAUAUAAUGAUUUUGGAAGUGGAGAA